AUGGCUUCGAGGGGAGAAAAAGCGAAUGGAAAUGGCGAGGAGCAGAUCGUCGAGACGUUGGCGGAGGUGUUCCGGUGCUUCAUCUGUAUGGAGAAGCUGGUGGACGCUCACCUGUGUCCUCAUUGCUCAAAGCUCUGUUGCUACGGUUGUGUGCGGCGAUGGCUUACGGAGCAGAGGUCCCAAUGCCCCCAUUGCCGUGCAGCUCUGCACCUCCAUGAGCUGGUGAACUGUCGCUGGGUGGAAGAAGUCACGCAGCAAAUAGAAACAAUGCAACAAACCAAUUCUGCUUGUCAAAGGGAAAGUUUUCGGGACAGGUGUCCAACACACCAAGAGAGGCUAACAGUGUACUGCUGGACAUGCCGUCGCUGUAUAUGCCACCAGUGUGCCCUAUGGGGUGGCACACACUCUGGACACACUUUUAAACCAUUAGAAGAGGUUUACGAGCAACAUGUCACUCAGAUAAGGGAUGAGGUAUCACAACUGCGGCGUAGACUCAUGGAGUUAAUAAGCCUUGUUCAGGAUGUGGAACGAAAUGUCGAAUCCGUGCGCGCUGCCAAGGACGAGCGCGUUCGCGAGAUUCGUAACGCCGUUGAGCUGAUGAUAUCGCGUCUGGACUCCGCGCUGAAGGCUAAACUCCUCACACUCAUGGGUCAGAAGAACGGCCUCACGCAGGAGACCGAGCAGCUCGAGCAUCUGUUGCAGGAGAUCGAGCACCAGUUACACUCCAGCACGAGGUCAGAAUUGAUAGCAAAGAGCGGGGAGCUAUCGAAGAUGAUUCAUCAGGUGCGCAAGAAACCGAUGGCCAGUUUUGUUACCGCGCCCGUACCGGCUGAUUUUCACAGUGAAAUCGUCCCGAGCUACGACAGCAGCACGUUCCCGCUGGCCAACUUCACGCAGCUGCAGCACGCGGCCGCGCCCGUGUACUCGGCGCCGCUGCACGUGAACGGGCUCUGCUGGCGGCUCAAGGUGUACCCGGACGGGAACGGCGUGGUGCGCGGCAACUACCUGUCCGUCUUCCUCGAGCUCAGCGCCGGCCUGCCCGAGACCUCCAAGUACGAGUAUCGCGUGGAAAUGCUACACCAGGUGUCUCGCGACCCAUCCAAGAACAUCGUGCGUGAGUUCGCGUCUGACUUCGAGGUGGGCGAGUGUUGGGGCUACAACCGGUUCUUCAGGCUCGACCUGCUCGCCAGCGAGGGCUACCUCAACCCUGACACUGAUACGCUCAUCUUAAGGUUCCAAGUCCGGCCGCCCACGUUCUAUCAGAGAUGUCGUGACCAGCAGUGGUAUAUUAACCAGCUCAUUACAAUGCAGAACCAGCACAUCCUGCAGAUUAAUGAUCUAAAAGAGCGCCUGACGCUGGAGGUGUCGCGCAACUCGCCGGCGGCGCGGCCGGGCGAGCCGCGCGGCGCGGACGGGCCCGCGCACGACAAGCCCGGCGCGCUCGCGCAGCCGCUCGGCUACGGCUCGCACUGGAAGUUCACCGGCCCGGGAGUGCUGAACACGGGGAUGUUCGAGGAGCGCGCCGGGGCCUGCUGCGCCGAGUUCGCGGCCGAGCGCGCGCGGAACUCCACGCAACACGCGCUCGACUCGCCCUACAACAUGCCCUCCACUUCCAGGUCGGGCGGCGCGCUGCAGGGCGACAGCCUGGCGCUGGUGAGCCUGCACUCGCUGCUGAGCGCGGCGGCGCCGGCGCGGGCGCCGCGGCCGCGCGCGCGCCUCGACCGCGUCGCCGCCGCGGAGUCGCCGCUCGUCGCCGUGGCCAGCUCACCGGCUACGGAAGCGAGCGGGGCGAGCGCUGCGAGUGCUAGUGCGGCCGGUGCUGCCGGCGCGGCAGCGCUAUGCUCCUCACUAUCAUCGCCCGAGCUGUCCGGCGGGGCGGCCGGUGAGGCGGCGGCGAAGGCCGAGGACGCCGCCGCAAGCCCCGAGCCGGCGGCGCAGCCCGUCUCCGAGUCCAGCAGUGAUACAGGGGUGAGUCGAAUCGAUUUAAUGUUCAGCGAACUCGACGGCUUUGUAGACGACAACAGCACGAACCACAUAGACGAGAACUCCAAUGAGGAGAACGAUGUCGAUGAAGAGACAAUGUCAGGUGAAAACGACAUAGAGGGCGCGUGCGGCAGGCGCUCCAGCGACGCGGGCGACAUCCUGAGCCGCCUGCUGUGCGCCGUGCACGGGCGCGGCGUGACGCCGGCCGGCAGCGACGGGCCCGUGUCGCCCGGCCCGCCCGCGUCGCCCGCGCGCGCCCCCGCCCCGCACGCGCCGCCCGCCCCGCCCGCCCCGCCCGCCCCGCCCGCGCGCCUCGACGACCCGCAGCUGUCGACCGCCGCGCACACCGACAUGCUGCUGCUCAACCUCAUGCGCAUCAACGGACUCACGCCCAAGUGUCCGCGCAGCGCCCGCACCGGGCCCAAGCGCAACUGGUCAUCAUCGCAGGGCGAGACGGCUCGCAGCUCGGGGGCGCUGCCCCGCCCGCCCCGGGCCGCGCGCCGCCCGCCCCGCGCUCGCGCCCCGCUGUCCCCCGGGCAACUGCCGCGCGACCCGCCCUCCGAGCGGGAUACGACCUCGUUGGCUGACCACAAGAAAGAAGGAGCAGGCGGCUGGUCGGGCGCGGCGGCCGGGCCCGCAGGCGCGGCGGGCGGCGCGGCGCUCCGCGACUGCUACUGGCCCUCCGCCUCCUCGCUCAGCGACACCGACGACGUCGAGGUCAUUCUCGACUACAACGACACGCUGUUCGACAUGCUGCUAAACAGUCUAUCUUUGGAGGGCGGUAACGUGGUGGAGUGUGACGAGGCGCCGCCUGUGCAGCCGUGGAGCCCGGCGCGGGAUCCGCGUGCCGACUGACACCAACGCCGCCACGGGCGCUACCCACAGCAAGCGCACUACCCACAGCAAGCGCACUACCCUCAGCAAGCGCAUUACCCACAGCAAGAAAACUACCCACAGCAAGAAAACUACCCACAGCAAGAAAACGACCCACAGCAAGAAAACUACCCACAGCAAGAAAACUACCCACAGCAAGCGCGCUACUCGCAACAAGCGCACUACUCGCAGCAAGCGCACUAUCCGCAACAAGCGCACUACCUGCAACAAGCCCACUACUUGCACCAAGCGAAUUACCCGCACCAUACGCACUACCCGCACCAAGCGCACUAUCCGCACCAAGCGCAAAACGCACAUCAGCCGAACUACCCGGAAGAGUCUUUCUACCCCCACGAGCCGCACUUCCCGCAGGAGCCGCACUAUUCGUACCAAUCCUCUUACGACUAUCUAAAGAAACAGCAUGAAAAUCGACGUGAGUACCGACAUUAAAUCUUAACGGCUAACUUUUAUCGGUCCCGCUAUACCGUUUUGUAUCUUAUAAAGUAGAAGAAAUAUGUACUCUUUUUAAUUUAAAUAAUUUAGAGAUUCUAGUAUAUAAUUUCCA